GCUAUACUAGACUACCCACAUUCCAUGCCAUCAAGUGCUUGCAAUCAGCCUAGAUUACAAUUGUACUUUGUCCUCAGAAAAUAGAUCCAGGACAUGAUUGCUGUAGAUAGAUAGACAGAUUUGGUGUGGGCUAUAUAGGGUGCUAGAGCUAGAUUACAGUAUAAAUAGCAGCUCAUGUGAGCGUGCGCAUACCUACGUGUGCUCUGCUCUGCUUGCUGUCAAGAGUCUGUGCUCACCUCUCAUUGCAGUGUUGCACGAGUGCGCCAGCCAGCAGCCAUGAUCCUUCUCUAGAUCUUUAGCUAUCUACAAAGAUCCUUUUCACCUUCGUUGGUCCACACGCAUACAACAUAUAUACACCUCCACACAUGCAUCUACUAGUACUAAGUCGAAAAGGUUGUGCGCUUGAUUUCAGUUCAGAAGACAUCGAGCUAGCUUGCUACCAGGCAGGAAGGUAGAUGCUAGCAAUGGACCAGCACCAUCAGCAGGAGGAGUCGUGUGUUCCACCAGGAUUCAGAUUCCACCCCACAGAGGAGGAGCUGGUGGGGUACUACCUGGCCAGGAAGGUGGCCGCCCAAAAGAUCGACCUCGAUAUCAUCCAGGAGGUUGAUCUCUACCGGAUAGAGCCAUGGGACCUCCAAGAGAGGUCCGGCGGCGGCAGGGGAGGACGGGGAGCGCGUCAGGUGGCGGCGGAGGACGAGCAGUCGUCGGAGUGGUACUUCUUCAGCUUCAAGGACCGCAAGUAUCCCAGCGGCACCCGCACCAACCGCGCCACCGCGGCCGGGUUCUGGAAGGCCACCGGCAGGGACAAGCCGGUCAUGUCAUCGCGGAGCCACGGCGUGAUCGGCAUGAGGAAGACGCUGGUGUUCUACAGGGGCCGGGCACCCAACGGUAGGAAGACCGACUGGAUCAUCCACGAGUACCGCCUCCAGACCAACGAGCACGCCCCCACACAGGAGGAAGGCUGGGUGGUGUGCCGAGCGUUCCAGAAGACCACCCCGAACCAGAGGCCGUCCUACAUCUUCCCUGCAUACGCUGCCACUCCGGGCCUCGGGAGCUACUACGACGCGAGGCCUUGGCUGCACGGCCGAGGCGAUGACCUCCCCUACCUUCAGAGCGCCGCGGGAGCUACAGGAGCCGGCGGCCUCGGCUUCCCCCGCCCGGGGAACCCGUGCUCUGGCGACGCCCCCGCCGUUGCCGGUGGUGGCGACGGGGGCUAUGACAUCGUGCAGCAGGGACAGGGAGCGGCCGGCAUCGACUGGAACUUCCUGGACAGCCUGCUAUCCACGUCGCAGCUGCACGAAUACUCUGCUACUGCUGCGUCACAGCUGCACCUAGAGCAGUGAAGUAGAGUUAGCAGACAUACCGUAGCAGCAUCGAUUUCAUUGUAUACAUGAUUUUCUAAUAAUUAGUAUCAUUUAUUACAGAUAGUAGAUGAUGUCCAUGUGCAUCUGUUGCACUGGACACUUGGUUGUACCUAGAUAGGCUACUCUGUUUCACUUACUGAGUCCAUGUGUCUACUGUAGAUCACUCUGUUCCACUUACUGAAUAUAUGUGUUUCAUCGUAGGCUACUCUGUUUCACUUGGUAAA